CCAUGGUCAGUGACUGGUCCAUGGAUAACCCACCUAAACUGUGUGAAAGCAGCUCCCAAAAUGAUUCGAGCCCAGUCCAUCAGGAGCGAUCGGAGUCUCCUGCACCCAGCUGUGUUUCAGUCAAGAGCGCCUGGUCAAUGGACAACCCUCCGAAACUUCAAGAGAGAGACAAGCCCCCUGAACAGAGUAUCCUUCAGGAGAGAUCGAGGUCCCCUGUACCCAGCUGUGCCUCCAUGCAGAGUGACUCAUCUAUGGAACAUCCAGUAACUUUUACUGACAAAGCUGAUGCAGCUGAUCAGAGCCGAAUCCACCAAGCAACAUCUGGCCUCUGUGUACCCAGCUGUGAAUCUGAGAACGUUGAGCAGUCAGUAGACCUUUCCGAGGGAGAUGCUCGACAAAAAUGUGAACCUAAAUUUUCUGAAGAAGAAUUACAAAGGAAACUUAAAUCUACUUUGAAGACAAAGUUUCAAUGCUUAUGUGAAGGCAUAGCAAAGGAAGGAAAACAUACACUUCUCAAUGAGAUCUACACAGAACUUUACAUCACAGAGGGUGGAAGUGAAGAAGUCAAUAAUGAACAUGAGGUCAGACAGAUUGAGACAGCAUCCAGGAGAACAGCAACAGAGGACACACCAAUCAAAUGCAACGACAUAUUUAAACCCUUACUCCGACAAGACAAACCCAUCAGGACUGUGCUUACAACAGGAGUUGCAGGCAUUGGAAAAACAGUCUCUGCACAGAAGUUCAUUCUAGACUGGGCUGAAGAGGAAGCCAAUCAGGAUAUCAACUUCAUAUUUCCACUUCCUUUCAGAGAGCUGAAUUUGAUGAAGGAUCAAAAACGCAGUUUGGUGGAUCUUCUCAGUAGCUUUGUAAUGGCAAUAAAUGAAUCUGAUUUCUUCACUAGGCACAAAAUUUUGUUCAUCUUUGAUGGCCUUGAUGAAUGUCGGCUACCCUUAGAUUUCCAGAACAAUAAGAGUCUGAGUGAUGUAACAGAGUCAGUCUCAGUGGAUGUGCUGCUGACAAACCUCAUCAAGGGGAAUCUGCUUCCCUCUGCUCUCAUCUGGAUCACCUCCCGACCAGCAGCAGCCAGUCAAAUCCCUCCUCAACAUGUUGAUCAGGUUACUGAGAUACGAGGGUUUAAUGACCCUCAGAAAGAGGAGUACUUCAGGAAGAGAAUCAGUGAUGAGCAUCUGGCUGAGAAUGUAAUAUCUCAUCUUAGGUCUUUAAGAAGCCUGUACAUUAUGUGUCACAUACCAGUGUUCUGUUGGAUUUCAGCUACUGUUCUGGAGAAAAUUUUGGCUGAAGCAAAGAGUGGAGAGAUCCCCACGACUCUGACUCAAAUGUACACACACUUUCUGAUCAUUCAGACAAAAAUAAUCAAGGGAAAGUAUACUGAGAGAAAAACGCCAGAUGGUGAAAUGAUUUUCAAAUUAGGAAAGCUAGCUUUUCAGCAACUGGAAAAGGGCAAUCUGAUCUUCUACGAGGAAGAUCUGAGAAAAUGUGGCAUUAAUGUGAAAGACGCAUCAGUGUAUUCAGGACUAUGCACUCAAAUCUUUAGAGAGGAGCUAGGGCUAUACCAUGGGAAGGUGUACUGCUUUGUGCAUCUGAGUAUUCAAGAGCAUCUUGCAGCUCUAUAUGUUUAUCUUGAUUUCAACAAUGGCAACAGAAAUGUGCUUGACCAGCCACGGAUUGGGAGGCUUGCAGCUAAUUUCAAAUGUUCAACAAUUUCUGACUUACACAAAAAAGCAGUGGAUAAGGCCUUGCAAAGUAAGAAUGGACAUCUUGACCUUUUCCUUCGUUUCCUUCUGGGCAUCUCAUUGGAGGCCAAUCAGCAACUCCUGAAAUGUCUUCCAACACAAGCUGCAAGUAGCUCCUUCUGUACUGAGGAAACUAUUGACUACAUCAAAACCAGGAUCCGUAUGAACUCUUCUCCUGAAAAAUCCAUAAAUCUGUUCCACUGUUUAAAUGAACUGAAUGACAAGUCUCUUGUGGAGGAAAUCCAGAACUAUCAGAGUUCAGGAAGACUACUGAAAGUCAAGCUGUCACAUGUACAGUGGUCAGCCUUGGUCUUUGUGCUACUGACUUCUGAGAAAGAGAUUGAUGAGUUUGACCUGAGAAAAUACAGCAUUCAGAAUUAUGAGCAAUGUCUUCUCAAGCUAAUGCCAGUUGUCAAAACAUGUAGGACUGCUGAACUUUCAUCCUGUAACCUCACAGAGAAAGGUUUUGCAGCUCUGGCCUCCAUGAUCAGCUCAAAGUCUUCAUGUCUGAGGAAGAUUGACCUAAGCGAAAAUACAUUAGGGGAUUCUGGGCUAGAUAAGCUUGCUCUUGGCUUUAGGAAUUCCCAUUGUAAACUGGAGAUACUGAAUCUUUCACAGUGCGGUAUCACAUCAUGUGGCUCUAGGAUUUUGGCUUCAGCCCUUAAAUCCAAUCCAUCACAUCUAAAGGAGCUAGACCUAAGUUUCAAUGAUCUCCAAACUCAAGGGAUUGAGACCCUGUCUAGAACACUGAAAGAUCCAUCCUGUAAACUGGAGAAAUUGAGGCUCGUCAGAUGUAUGCUAACAAAGACAAGCUGCAGCUCUCUUGCUUCAAUUUUUCACUCAAACUCAAACCUGAAAGAGUUGGAUCUGGAAAAAAAUGACUUACAGGAUAUUGGAGUGGAUCGGCUCACUGCUGGACUGAAGAGUCCCUGCUGUAAAUUGGAGAUACUGAAUCUGUCAGGGUGUGGUAUCAGAGAGGAAGGUUUUGCUGCUCUGGCUUCAGCUCUGAUGUCAAACCCCUUUCACCUGAGAGAGCUAAAUAUGAACAUGAAUAGAGUAGGAGACUUAGGAGUGAAACGGUUCUCUGCUCUUCUGAAAGAAUCAAGCUGUAAACUAGAGAAACUGAGGCUGUCCUCCUGUGGUGUCAGUGAUGAAAGUUGUGCAUCCCUGGCCCGGGCUCUGCAGUCAAACCCCUCACACUUGAGAGAGCUGGAUCUUCAUUUGAAUCAGCAUACAGAUGGUGGAAAGAAACUUCUCUCUUCUUUGCAAGAGCAUCCAGAUUUCAGACUGGAGAAAUUAAAAAUAUAGACUGAGUUCGCUGAAUGGCAACACAGAAAAGAGGGGUUCCAGAAGGUGGUGAAACUUAAUGGAUUAUACACCUGGAUGAUUCAAAACCGAGAGAAAAAAAAUGGGACUGAAUCAAACCAAACUGUCCAAAUGCCAUUCUAUCACCAGUUCAAUUUACCACUUGUUAAUCAGAACACUUCGCAAAUAUUGAAGCAUUUAGCUGAUGGUAAUUA